AUGGCACCCAUUCGUGUAAGGCACCCAGGGGGCGUCUGCACCAUCCAAGUCCCUCUGGAUAAUGACAGCUACACAGUUGGAGACCUCCAGCAAGAGAUCUACAAGGCCUCGGAUAUCCUGCCGUCAAGACAAAGCCUCAAGUCAGGAUACCCACCUCGCUCGCUAACGCUAGUACCCGAGCUACCUAUCUCAAGCUUGGAUUUGAAGUCUGGGGAGCAACUGAUCGUACAAGGAGCCGUGGAGUCGUCUGCGAGAGGGACUUCUGCCGCAGCCUCUCCACCACCGAGGGCUGCUGCUGCUGUCCCAACAAGCCCUCCACGACAAUCACAGACUGCAUCAAUAAACGGACCCUCGAAGAAGAGUGGACCAGAAACUGUCCAAGUCGAUGGCGGAUAUCUCAUUCAUCGGGUCGUACCAGAUGACAAUUCAUGUUUAUUCUCUUCACUGGCUCUGAUAUUUGAGGGGUCGAUAUCGAAUGCUCAGAAGCUACGUAGAGCCGUUGUGGACGGAAUCAAAGCCGACCCAGAGACGUGGAACGAAGCUAUCCUCGGCAUGCCCCCUUCCCGGUACAUCGACACCAUUUCCAAGCCAACUUCAUGGGGAGGAGCCAUCGAGCUAAGCAUCCUAGCCAAGCACUACAACACCGAAAUCGCCAGUAUCGACGUCGAAACAGGACGCAUCGACAAAUUCUCCCCUCCUGAAGCACCUGGUGAACUCAGCAGGUGUUUUGUCAUUUAUUCCGGUAUUCAUUACGACGCCAUCUCGUUCUCGCCUAUGGAGGAAGCACCGGACGAGUGGCACCAGAAGUUAUUCCCUGUCAAACCCGGGAAAGACGAUGACGAUGCUAUCAUUGUCGCAGCAAAGAAACUAGCAGAUGCUCUACGAGCGAAGAAGGCAUAUACCAACACUGCAACCUUCGACUUGAAAUGCGAGGUGUGCGGACAAGGCUUGAAGGGAGAGAAGGAAGCAAGAGCACAUGCAGAACAAACGGGGCAUGUUCGUUUCGGAGAGUAUACCAAAUGAAUAUUCAUCGUAGCAUCGAGGAAGGUCAUGCAAUGUAAAUGUACCACAAUUCAUCGGCGAAUGAAGUAUGUAAUGCAACCUGUAGAAAACUUA